CGCACACAUUUCUUUUGACCGACUCGAGGACCGCAUUACUAUUUCAACAUCAACUUUACUGGAUGGAUGCCAUGUGGGUUUUAUUCAGGAUUAUUUCAUCAGCUCGUGAAUGAGUGCAGUAUGUGAUGGUGAAGGAGCAGUAUGGAGUGCUCGUGGAAGACUCUGUUGCUGUUGGUUUGCACAUCUUUGGGGGUGCAGUACACUGCCAUCCGCUCCCUUCGUGACUCCUUCAGUGGCCCGUGCCAAGACUCCACCCACUGCCAAGGACGCCAAAGUAAAGAGCAAAGAUUGAAAUCUCUUUGCGAAGACAGCCAUGUCCCUGCAGAGUCCAGUGGUGCCGCCGCUCGGAAACACAUCCUUCUAUUUGCGCAAACCCGCAGUGGCUCAUCAUUUACCGGACAGCUUUUCAAUCAGCAUCCGGGCAUUUUUUAUGUUUUUGAGCCUCUCUAUCACGUCCAGCAGGUCUUUACCAAUUCGAGCAGUCGUCUGCAAAGGGCUUUAGAUGGCAGAGCUCUUCUGGGAGCCUACAGAGAUCUUCUUCUCAAUCUCUACAACUGUGAUUUCAGCUUCAUGGAGAAUUACAUUCGCCCGGAACCGCAAGAUCACAUGACAGGGGCGUUUUUUCGUCGCAGCUCGAGCCACGCCCUCUGCACUCCGCCCGUUUGCCAAGAGGGGAUUGAGGAGAUUCCAGAAGGCCAGCCAGAUGAAGCCUGGUGUCCCAAAAAGUGCCAAGCCCUGAAUCUCUCUCUAGCAUCCCAAGCGUGCCAAGCAAGGAGCCACGUGGCCUUAAAAACGGUUCGUAUCCCGGAGGUAGGAGAUCUGCGUACGCUGUCAGAGGACCCCCGUAUAGAUUUAAGAAUCGUUCACUUGGUGAGAGACCCCCGAGCUAUCCUUGCAUCACGCAUGAGUGCCUUUGGAGGUAAAUUUAGAGCAUGGAAGAUCUGGAACGCUACUGGCCGCCAGCCACGGUACGUGGACCUGACACAGAUCACCAGGACAUGCAGAGAUAUAGAGUAUUCAGUGGAGACCGGCCUGCAAAAACCUCCAUGGCUGAAGGGGAGAUAUCUAUUGGUACGGUAUGAAGACUUAGCCUUAAACCCUGAAAAAAAAGCUAAGGAGAUAUACAGAUUCCUGGGGAUGGAUUUGCAUCAUCGAGUCCUCACAUGGAUUGCUCAUAACACCAAUGGCACUGCCCCAUCAUCUUCAGAGUGGAACUACAAGUACUCCACAACAAGAGACUCCAAAGCCACCGCUCAGGGCUGGAGACUACAUUUAAACUUUGACAUUGUUAAAACUGUUCAAUCCUUAUGUAACAGAACUCUUUCAUUGCUAGGCUAUAAGCUUGUAUGGUCUGUAGAUGAACUGAGAGAUAUCACAAAAAGUUUAACGUAGUAAGGGAAAAAGGAUCUUGACGCCAACUACUCACAUUUCAUAAAAGAACUAUAUUUGUUUUGUUCUGAUAACGUUCAUAUUAAUUGACUG